AUGAGUAAGGCAGCCGUCUCGCGCCCUCGCGUGUACGUGCGUAUACGCCCUUUGAAUGAUCGUGAGAAGAAGGAGGGUAAUGGCGAUCUGAUCUGUCGUGGUGACCCGCGGAUGCCCGACACGCUCUUUAUAAAAGGAGAAGACGGUGGGGCGGAGUUGCAGACACGCUUUGAUUACGUCUUUGAUCGCGAUGCGGCGCAGAGUGAUGUGUUUGACAUUAUUGGAUCGGAGGUGCUGAAUACGCUGUUUAGUGGCUACAAUGCCUCCGUCUUCGCAUAUGGGCAGACAGGUAGUGGCAAGACGUACACAAUGGAGGGAAAUCGCUCAAAAACGGAAGGGCUUGGACUGACGCCGCGACUUAUUAGCGCCUUAUUUGAACGAUUUAAGGCGAACAAAGACAUCACAGACAGUGUCUGUGAGGUGAGUCUUGUACAGAUAUAUCAAGAGAAGAUACAAGAUCUAUUGGCUGGGCAGAAACAUCUAGAAAUACACAUGGACCGUACAGGGCAGUAUAUCGCACGAGAUGCGACAUGGGCACGUGUGAAGAGUCUUGAAGAGAGUAUGAAACUCUACACAAAGGCGUCAGAGAUGCGUGCGACGUCCGCAACUGAGAUGAAUCUUGUCUCCUCACGCAGUCAUAUGAUUAUGAUGGUGAAGCUGCAGUGGGAUGAGCCUUCUUUACCCGGUUCACAUGCGCAGCUGAACCUUAUUGAUCUUGCAGGAUCCGAGCGAUUAACACAGUCUGGUGCAAAGGGUGACAGCAUGUGGGAGGCGAUCCACAUUAAUAAAUCCCUUAGUGCACUCGGUACUGUGGUCUCCAAACUUGUGGAGCAGGCGAAACACAAGGGACGCCGUAUUCAUGUUCCAUACAAGGACAGUAAACUCACGUACUUGCUGCAGUCCAGUCUGGGCGGGUCAAAUCUUAUUCAUUUCAUCUUGGCCGUUUCCUGCAGUGCGUUGUGGAGUGGCGAGACGAAGUCGACGAUCGAAUUUGGUAAGAGAGCCCUACAGUUAGUCCUACGUCCUGUACGCAAUGCAAUUGACUACACUCGAUUGGCGGAAAUGGAGGAAAUGAUUGAGCGUAUGCGAAGUCACAUUGCGAGCCUGGAGGAGGAAUUGCGAAAUAAGCGUAGCAACGAGGCAGCCGAAUUCUUAAAACUGAAGCAAAUCCCACAGCAAGGUGAUGAAAACAAUGAUCGCUUUGCCGAACGUCGUCAUCAGAGUCGACAGAAGAAGAAAUUAAAGGUACAAACAGAGCUUGCACGCAUUAUGGCAAACCUACCAGAAACGUUUGAUGAUUUAACAUCACACUGCGUCUUGUUCCCCGAAUCGAAGGCGAGCUUUCGUGAGCUUGGUGGGUUACAACGGCUUGUGUACUUUGUAGACCGUUCCGCCUCCACCUUCUACCGGUCCAAUGCGGCACAGACAAUUGCUAGCGUUUUGGAUGAUGCUGGGCGGGAGAUGUUUCAAGAUAUUGGUGGUCUGGAUGCCCUGACACGGUUAUUACAAGUUAAAGAGGAGCGCUGCAAGGAGGCGGCCUGUGUGGCGCUUGAAGCCGCAUGUCGUGGUUGCCUGAAAAAUAAAAUGAAACUUACCCCUGUUGUAUAUACGGAGUUGGUGGAACUUAUUUAUAAUUACUCAAACCAACAAGUUCAGGAGGCCGCAUGUACAGCAGUGGCUGCUAUUGUAGAUCUGUACCCAGAUGCACGACGCAGCUUUGAACGGCUUGAGGUUGUUCCCAAACUCCUUGAGACGAUACGCAAUGCCCCUGAGGAAGUUGUGAACCUCACGAAGGCAGCAACAAAUUGUGUGGGUCGUCUUGCUCAUGGGGAUUCCGAGAUGCAGCAACUUAUAGCUUCCUUUGGUGGAAUUGAUCUGCUUAUUGAUGUAUUAUUUAGUCCAGCAGGAACACGUGACCAUCAGGUACCCAUUCUUGCCUCCUAUGCUCUGGUGAACUUAUGCUGCAGUAACAAACACAAUCUUGACAUUGCGCGGGAUAAUCUACGCUACGGUGAAGUGAAAUUUCGUUUACUUGAAGGGCUUGCACGAGCCUUUGGUAUAAAUGCCGCCCGUGAAGGGUACGGUCGUGCUACUGCUCAAGAAACUGAAUCACCAUUCCCGUACUAUGGUGUCACCAUUAUGGAUAAAUGGUCUGUUACCUCCUCCGGUGGCCGGCCGAUCUUUUCCACCUUUAUGGACAAUCCACAAUUUUACCUAUAUGUGACGGAGACAACAGACAUUGCCUUUAUGAUUCAAGACGUACUUUACGAAUCUCGUAUGUUAAAGAAGAAGAAGAAUAAUACGGUGUACAUGGGUUUGGCUCUUUUUGAGGGAGACCCUGAGCUUUCAAAGGCGGGUCUUAAGCAGCUGGACUUUCAUGGACGUAUGGUUGAGAUUGGGAAAUAUACUUCCAACUGUGAAAAUGUUCUUCAUUGUACUCUUCAACCGAGUGAGACCCCAUACGUCGUUGUUCCCUUUACAAGUCAACGAGGUCGUCAGACGGAGUUUGCACUUUCCGCAUUUGGUGACAAACCCAUUCAGCUUACAGCAGUGCCGGAGCAGGUUGGAUGGGUGCGUACUGUCUUGGAAGGUUUUUGGACCGAAUUGACGGGACGUGGUGGUAGUGGAUUUGAUUGGCGCUGUAACUCUCAGAUUCGUCUGCAACCGAAAGAAAACUGCCGUGUGGUAUUUGUGCUAUCAUAUCUUUCCGUGGAUCGUCAACGUGCACAGUCCCGUGAGGAGGAAGGGGAAGAACAAAAUAUGCGCCCCCGUCUACAUGGAAGACUAUUUACCACUUUUGCUCCGGAGAAGCGGUAUCUGAAGGCACUUGUUCCGCUACCACAAAAAUCCACCUUUGCCGCCAGUAAUAACUUUGCUAGUAACAGCUACAUUACCACUUCUGCUAACCUAAAGGCAGGGGAAUCUUAUGUGUACAUUCCUUUUACAGAAACCCCCUAUGAGGAUCAGUGGCGACUUUCUGUCUACUGUGACACCGACGAUGUGACGAUUGCACCGAUUGAAGGAAAUAAAGCGGAGUGGUAUUGCACGUCUUCAGCAGGAACAUGGGCAGGAAAACCGAUUUCUGUCCAAGUUGAAACCAAAGGAAAGAUGGUGGCGGUAGCAAGUAGCCCCGGUGUAUUUUUACGUAUACGCCUGCUGAAUACCAAAGGGAAAAAAUUGGAAGGCAUUGACGCGUAUUGGAAUUCCGAAGCCUCUGUAGAGUAUAAGAGUCAAGGCGUUGUCACCGUACAGGUGGAAGGCAUGAUGCGCACCGAUAAGGGACAAGAGGCUGCUCGAGAAAUGAAGUUUGAUGUCUUUGUUUUCACAGAGAAUAAGUGCACCGUGCAGCAUGUUGACUUUGCUGCCGUCCCUAGUACCCUUCCACAUCCAACGAAAAGUACCCCGGCAGAUCUCCUUAAGUACCCGGUCGAGGUGGUAGACGCUGACGUCCCAUUUGACACGAUUGAUCAGAGUGAUGACGAGGAGGAGGAGCACAAUGAUGUUGUGAAUGCCGAGGAAAAUGAAAAAGAGCUGCAGAAGGUAAUUGCAUUACGCAAUGAGGAAAAUGCUAGACUUAUGAAUCGUAUUGUUGAGCAGCAACGGGAGAUUAUGCAACUUCGACAAGUACACAACGGCACCCCACCUUCCAACUCGGUAAGUAAAAACACCACCAACGGAAAGCGGCAAAGGAAAAGCAGAAGUGUAACCCCAUUAGAGCCGCUGCCGAAUAUGCGUAAGCAGACUUUGAAGAAGUCGGAUGGCGGUGCUGGCGCCAAAGGAGAUGCGGAGGAGACUGCAGCAGGCUUAGAGGCCUGGAGUAACCCGGAGAACUCAGAGAAAGUCAGCGGCGGCCCAGCCAAGGCGUUACAGGAGGCGGUAGAAUACUCAUUGCUCACACUCAACAGCAUUGAGCGGCACACAAGGGCUCCAACAGAGGCGGAGUGGGCAGAUAUGCAAGAAGAUUUUCGUGAACUUCAACGCCGACUGUUUUUUGCACUUGAAAAGAUUCCUUUAACGUAA